CCGGCUGGGGUCUGAGGAAGGGGCGCCGGUGGCAGCCAUCUUUGGUUGCCAGCCGGGUUGCCGGGUGACACCCUCUAGGAGGAGCGUCUGCCCUGUUGUGUCUGCAGUCGACGUCGACGACGAGGACUGCAAGUCCCGGAGCCGGAGAGGACCUCUUGAAUGGAGGCUGCCACCGUACGGAAACGUCAGUGCCUGCCGAGGAGACAGGUGAACCCGGGGACGCUCCGACCCGCAUCCAAGCAGGCUCGCCUUCCAUCUGGACGCCGGCGACCCUGUGUUCCACGCCUUUGUCAGCCGUCUCUGCUCCAAGAUAAAAAAGUGAUGCAUGAUAGAUAUUCCAUGGCUAGCCCAGGGAAGGAUAACUAUAGAAUGAAAAGUUAUAAGAAUAAAGCUCUGAAUCCUCAAGAGAUGCGUAGGCGAAGAGAAGAAGAAGGAAUACAGCUUCGAAAACAAAAAAGGGAAGAACAGCUGUUCAAACGCAGAAAUGUCUCCUUGCCCAGAAAUGAUUACUGUAUGCUAGAGAGCCCCAUCCAGGAUCCAGACAUCAGCUCCACUGUGCCCAUUCCAGAGGAAGAAGUGAUUACCACAGAUAUGAUUCAGAUGAUUUUUUCCAAUAAUGCUGAACAGCAGCUAACAGCAACACAGAAAUUUAGAAAGCUGCUUUCUAAAGAACCCAACCCACCAAUAGAUCAAGUUAUACAGAAACCAGGAGUUGUACAGAGAUUUGUGAAAUUUCUUGAAAGAAAUGAAAAUUGUACUUUACAAUUUGAAGCUGCAUGGGCGUUAACUAAUAUAGCUUCUGGAACUUUCAUGCACACCAAGGUAGUGAUUGAAACUGGAGCUGUUCCAAUUUUUAUCAAACUUCUCAAUUCAGAACAUGAAGAUGUUCAGGAACAGGCGGUGUGGGCACUUGGCAACAUUGCUGGGGACAAUGCAGAAUGCAGAGAUUUUGUUUUGAAUUGUGAAAUACUUCCACCUCUUUUAGAGUUAUUAACAAAUUCAAACAGACUUACAACCAUCAGAAAUGCUGUAUGGGCCCUGUCAAAUUUAUGUAGAGGCAAAAACCCGCCUCCAAAUUUUAGUAAGGUUUCACCUUGCUUAAAUGUCUUACCACGAUUAUUGUUUAGCAGUGAUCCAGAUGUGUUAGCAGAUGUGUGCUGGGCCCUUUCUUAUCUCUCUGAUGGACCCAAUGAUAAGAUUCAAGUAGUCAUUGAUUCUGGAGUCUGUCGAAGAUUGGUGGAACUUUUGAUGUAA